AUGAAGACUUUGAUGUUAUUUGUGCUCGCAUGGAGGCAACACAACGUCAAAUCACCGAUGCACAAAGUCAUCUUAAUAGUCUUAUUGCAUCAUACAACCGUGACGUGAAAGUGUUGAGGACUCGUUUCACCUCUUCACACUAUCGCACAGAUGAAGGUCAACCGUCAAAUUUUCAUGAACAUGUUAAUGAAAGUGGUGCACCAUUUUAUACAAAUAAUCCACAACAUUCACCUGUUCAUUCUGGUGGUCAAAGAAGAUCUUUUGAAGAUGACGUUGGAUGUACAAAUGAAGGAGUGUCAGAAAGACCCAACGUAGAAGAUGGUGUGUUCUUUUCAAACGAGGAUCCCCUUCACCCUGGGCCACACAAUAUGUUGGUGUUAGUGCAAUCAUGCAUGAACAACAAUGUGGAUGUAGCACCACAAGCCUUAGAAGAAAUACGACCACAAAGAGUAAAAAUGAAAGUACGUCGUCAUAGGCAACGAGUAGCUGCGUGUAAGUCACCUUUUGUACAAUUAUGUGUAUCAAAAUAUAAAAGGUUGACGGAGGAAGAGACACAUGUUGCCGACUAUGUAUUUGACGAGUCAAAAGAUCCAAGUGAGAUGCUUUGUGCAUAUGGUGGCUAUGGCGUGACACGGGAACAAUUUCAAUGCUUAGUAGGGGAGAACUUCAUUGAUAUUCCGGUAAGGUUUAUGAUAAAUAAGAAAAAAAUACCUUCAUCUUUCCAUUGAUCAUUUUAACUAAUGAAGAGGCAUUAUGUAGGUGAUUUCCAUGUUUUGCCGAUACAUGAAUGCAAAAGAAGAGAAUCCUUAUCGCAGACACUUUUUUAA